GCGCGAGGCACGGGCGGCGCCUCCGAGCGACGAGAGAGCGCGAGGGAACCGCACCUUAAACAUACGACAGUCACUGAGGGACGGGCAACAGCGGAGAGCCGGGAGAGAGGCGCCAUGAAGUUGGCUGUGGAUUUUGAGGAGUGUUUGAAGGACUCCCCGCGCUUCAGAGCUGCAGUGGAAGAAGCUGAAGGAGAUUUUGCUGAAUUGGAGUUGAAACUUGAAAAGGUUGUGAAACUAUGUGCUGGAAUGAUAGAUGCUGGGAAGAACUUCUGUAACGCUAACAAACAGUUUGUAAAUGGAAUUCGUGAGCUUGCCCAGCAGUCCACCAAGGAUGAAGUUAUUGAGAACAGCCUGAUGAGGUUUUCAGAGAGCCUUCAGGAGAUGGUUAACUUUCACACGAUUCUGUUUGACCAAGCCCAAAGAUCCAUCAAGUUGCAACUUCAGACAUUUGUUAAAGACGAUCUUAGAAAAUUUAAAGAUGCGAAAAAACAGUUUGACAAAGUCAGUGAAGAGAAAGAAAAUGCAUUAGUCAAAAAUGCUCAAGUUCAAAGAAAUAAGCAGCAUGAAAUGGAAGAGGCUACAAACAUCCUAACAGCAACACGCAAAUGCUUUCGCCAUAUAGCACUGGACUAUGUUCUGCAGAUCAAUGUCCUUCAGUCCAAGAGAAGAUCUGAGGUUUUAAAAUCGAUGUUGUCCUUUAUGUAUGCCCAUCUUACAUUCUUUCAUCAAGGAUAUGACCUCUUUAUGGAAUUGGAGCCUUACAUGAAGGAGUUGGGAGCGCAGCUGGAUCAGUUAGUUGUGGAUGCAGCUAAAGAGAAGAGAGAUAUGGAACAAAAGCACUCCACUAUUCAACAAAAGGACUUUUCCAGCGAUGAUCCCAAGAUAGAAUUUAACAUCGAUGCUGCUAAUGGCAUAGUCAUGGAAGGAUAUUUAUAUAAACGAGCCAGCAAUGCCUUUAAAACAUGGAACCGGCGUUGGUUUUCAAUUCAGAACAACCAGCUUGUUUACCAAAAAAAAUUUAAGGAUAAUCUCACAGUAGUAGUUGAUGAUUUACGACUUUGUACAGUCAAGCCAUGUGAGGAUAUUGAAAGACGUUUCUGUUUUGAAGUAGUCUCUCCUACAAAGAGUUGUAUGCUACAAGCAGACUCUGAAAAAAUCCGACAGGUCUGGAUCAAGGCUGUUCAAGCUAGCAUAGCUACAGCAUACAAAGAGAAAGGAGAAGAGAGCUAUGCAGAAAAAUUAGAUAGAAGAUCCUCCCCUUCUACCAGCAGUCUGGAUUCUGGGAGUGAAUUGAGAGAGCGACCAGUGAAAGGAGAAAGUGCACUUCAGCGUGUGGAAUGCAUUGCUGGCAAUACAAAUUGCUGUGACUGUGGCAAGUCAGACCCGCGUUGGGCAAGCAUCAAUCUUGGAAUCACACUAUGCAUUGAAUGUUCAGGAAUUCAUAGAAGUUUAGGUGUCCAUUUUUCUAAGGUGCGUUCCCUUACUCUGGAUUCAUGGGAACCUGAGCUCUUAAAACUUAUGUGUGCACUGGGAAAUAACGUUAUAAAUGGAAUAUAUGAGGCACAAGUGGAUGAAAUGCAUUUUAAAAAGCCAAAUGCAGGAGAUUCAAGGCUUGAGAAGGAAUCUUGGAUCAAAGCUAAGUAUGUUGAGAAGAAGUUUGUACAGAAACUCUAUAGAAUUUCUCCAUCAAAAGAAAGACCACAGGCAUUACCACUGUCCAGUCAGCUUGAAGGCACACGUGAAAAAUCAUCCAAAUUUCUUUCAAUACCAGGGGGCACUUCCAAAAUUUCAGGAGUAAAAAAUUCAGACACUGUUGUGCCAAAUAGCUCUGAGGGCAGCAAGGAUGUGGUAAUGUCUGUCAUUUCCAAUAACAACUUACCUGAACCAGAAAUUUUGGAAGCAUCUAUUAGAGAGGAAGGUGGAAGGAACGCGCCCAUUUUUGAUGAAGAGAAAAUUAUUUCACCUGGAUUACAGCUGUAUAGAGCUGCGCAUGUUCGAAGUCUUCCUGAUAUGGCAGAAGCUUUAGCCCAUGGAGCUGAUGUGAACUGGGUUAAUGCUGAAGAUAAUAAAGCAACUCCUCUUAUUCAGGCUGUGUUGGGGGGCUCUUUGGUUGCUUGUGAAUUUCUGCUGCAGAAUGGAGCAGAUGUGAACCACAGAGACUGUCAUGGCAGAGGACCAUUACAUCAUGCCACCAUCUUGGGGCAUACUGGGCAAGUUUGUUUAUUUCUGAAGCGAGGAGCUGAUCAAGGUGCAUUAGAUGAAGGCAUGAAGGACCCACUCACCAUUGCUAUAGAAGCCGCAAAUGCUGAUAUAGUUACAUUGUUACGUCUAGCAAAGAUGAAUGACGAGAUGCGAGAAUCUGAAGGCCUUGGACAGUCAGGUGAUGCAACCUACCAGGAUAUUUUCAGAGACUUUUCCCACAUGGCCUCUCAUAACCCAGAAAUAUUGAAUCGUUUCCAGCGGAAAUCAGAGACUGAUUAAAUUUUCUCUUGAAAUCUGCAAUCAUUCUUUCAGUGCAAUCAUCUUGAAACAGAUUCAUCAGUUCAUUUCAUUAUCCAAACCAAAAAUAAAUUGAAGAUUUGAGUUUUAAAGAAAAUAAUUAUAUAUGAAGGAGCUUUUACUUAGAUACCCACAAGCAGCUGCAGUGAUUUAUUCUACUCGGGAGUACGGUGUCUAUGCAAAUAAUCAACCGUUGCACUUUCUAUUUUUUGUCACGCUUGAGUUGAAACUAAAAUCUUCUAAGGUGUUUCACCAGUGGGAGAUGUGCAGAUAGAAUGGGUGUUCAAGUUGAACAGUAGUUUUGAAAUUUUUAUGUGUACCCAAAUUAUAGGAAUAAUAAUUCCACUUCUUUGCUCACCAGCCUGUUUUUACCCCAUUUUAAAUCUUUUAAAAUCGCUCUAGAACUCAGAUACUGCGAUGGUUCAACUGCAGUGCAGUUGUGUACACCUCUGAAAAGGAGCUUACUGGUAACACAAGUGCAUUUGGGAGCAAUAAAUUCAUAUUAGGACAGCACCCCUUUUUAAAUUUAUUUCCUUUUGCAGAAUAGUAAAUGCCAUUAUCUGUUUUAGGAAAUAAAUUUCACAUUUUCAAAACUUUGUAUAUACUUUAUCUCCAAUAAAUUUUAAUUGUAGUUUUUAAUAUAUCCUGUUUUUAAACACUUUGCCUCCUACCUACAGUUGGUGACAAUAUGUAGCUACUGAUUUGGUGUACUAUCUACAUAACUUAAAUCUAUAAUUGUAUUUACACCUAAAAAUAAAAUCCAGUGUAUUAAGAUAAAUUGCUGAUGGGAAUUGGGAUUACUGGAUGACUAGCUACAUAUUGCACCAUUAAAUCAAUUGACGUAUUAAACAGUAUAUCAUCAGCAACAUGCUCACUUUUUAAGUUCAGUAUCUUCAAAUGGAAAACAAAUCGGUUGUCUAAGUUGCUAUACAAUCUGUACAACUCCAGAUAAACAUAAAUGUUCCCUACUCAUUUGCCAGUCAUCAAACCAUUUUCAGUAAAUGAAAAUGCAGGUAAAUUAAUAUGCUUGGUUGAUUUUAUUUACCAAAGUUUAAAGAACUAGGUGGCAGCAGCUUUUCAAAUAAAUUGCUAUUUAGUGAUGCUGCUACAGAAGUGACACCUGGUUUAUUCCAUGUUCUUGUGUGUAAAAGGCUAAUAAAAGCUAGAACUUGAAAUUAAAAUGAAACAUUCAGCAUAAAGCUUGCUGGAAAACAAGAUUUUUAAUCCUCAUGUAAUCCUCCAUCUCUCUUCCCCACAACACCCCCUCAGCCCAACCACCACCACCCCACCCCCACACCCCCAGCGUUGAAGUACAA